CGCCGGCACAGUAGUGCAUUGACAGCUGUGAACCGCGCACGCGUACAAAAUGGCACAGGAUAACCUCACCGCUGUUCUCUACAAAACGAAGGAUUUACGGCUGGAACAAACUCCAAUACCAGAAAUUAAAGAUGAUGAGGUGCUCUUGCGCAUGGACUGCGUGGGCAUCUGCGGGUCGGAUGUGCACUACUGGCAGAGCGGCGCAUGCGGUCACUUCGUGCUUAAAGAUCCCAUGAUUAUGGGACACGAGGCCUCUGGAGUUGUUGCUAAGAUUGGUAAGAAUGUAAAAAAUCUCCAAGUGGGAGACCGCGUUGCUAUCGAACCAGGCGUGCCGUGCCGGUACUGCGAGUUCUGCAAAACUGGCCGCUACCACCUUUGCCCAGACAUCGAGUUCUGUGCCACACCACCCUUCCACGGAAACCUGGCCAGAUAUUACAAACAUGCAGCCGAUUUCUGUUAUAAACUACCAGACCACGUGUCCAUGGAAGAAGGUGCUCUCCUGGAGCCGCUCUCAGUGGGCAUCCACGCGUGCCGGCGCGGAGGAGUCACCGCUGGUGACGUGGUUCUGGUGCUCGGAGCCGGACCCAUCGGGCUUGUCACCAUGCUCGCUGCUAAGGCGAUGGGUGCUAGCAAGAUACUUAUCACGGACAUUCUAGAAUCCCGUUUGGAGACAGCAAAGCAACUGGGAGCAGACCACACCAUCCUGGUGUCCCGCGACUCCAACGAGGCUGAGCUGGUGAAGAAGGUGCACGAGCUGCUCGGAGAACAUCCCAACAUCUCCAUAGAUGCAAGUGGAGCUCAGUCUACCGUGCGACUGGCUUUAUUGGCGACGAAGUCUGGCGGCGUGGCCGUGCUGGUGGGGAUGGGCAGCAGCGAGCUCACGCUGCCGCUGGCCGGCGCCGUCGCGCGCGAGGUCGACAUCCGCGGCAUCUUCCGCUACGUCAACGAAUACCCGAUAGCACUGUCUCUGGUAGCAAGUGGCAAGAUCAACGUAAAGCCGCUGGUGACGCACCACUUCGCGUUGGAAGAAACACUCGAGGCCUAUGAAGUGGCGAGAAAAGGUCUAGGCAUCAAGGUCAUGAUUCACGUACAACCCAGGGACUCUAAUAACCCUACUAAAUUUUAGGACAUAUAUGAUCAGAUAUUUAUUUUACAGAAUAAAAAUUUAAUUCAAAAUAGCAAUAAAAAUUAAAAAUAAAUGAAAAUUUUGUUAUAUUUUGAGGUUAGGACGGCAACGUUGACUGAUGCCUGGCAUGCAAACGUUUCUUAUAACCACUAUUUGAAUCAACGGAAAUACAAAAGGAAAAAUUCACUAUGUAAAGUAAUUUAUUUAUCUGUUUUAUAUUGUAUGACCUUUUAUAAGAUUUGAAAUCAUUUUUGUAACAACCAGAAACCUCACAGACUAUCAUUAACACACUUGAAACGGCCAACCUCACCGAUUCUCACUUUCCAUUAUUUAUUUUUAAAAAAAUCAGAUGACAAGCCUUUUUCAACGAAUUUAUUCCAGUUUUUUUAAUCACUAGUGGUUAUAUGCUUACUUUGUCUUGUUGUUGAAUUAUAAAAUAUCAUGUCAAUGACAGAUAUUUCUUUGGCUCACGUUAUAAUGCUCACAUUAAAUUACCUAAUAUUAAUAAAAUUUUAUUUCACGUAAGAUAUUAAUUUAAAAAGUGAAUAUUUAAAAACUAACUAUCAAACAGAUUAUAAAUAAUUGUUGAAAUCUUUCGAGUCUUUUAAUACAUAGAGCUUCCAUAGCAUAGGUGAUGUCUUCAAUGGUUCCUAUUUUUGACGUCUUCAACUAAUAAAUUUAUAGGAAAUGAUGCAUUAUUGAAUCAUAAAUUUAUACAGAGUAACUCAUAACAAUAGAAUGUAGUAGAAAAAUAAAGAAAAGAAAUUUAUUGAUUAAAUUUACUAGCAAAAAGUAUUAAAAAAUCGAUAUUAAGUAAUUCGUAGAAAAUAAUAAUAUCAACGGUGUCCGAAAUUUUGUAGUCACAGCCUAAAAAGUGCAAAAAUCACUAGGUAUAUAUAAAUCACUAACAAAGUUGUAUGUCUAGUCAGUGAUAUGAAUUUAUACAAAUACUACACGUUUCCAUGAAUUAUUGUAUAAUGAUGAAAAUAUUAUUUUAUGAGACGUAAUAAAUAUA